AAAUGCAGGCCCUACCCUACAGUACAAUGGGCAACUCCAACAACUACCUGCACCUCUCCAUACCUGCUACAGAGCUCAAGCCAGGGGACAAGCUCCAUGUCAACUUUGUCCUGCAAAUGGACCCCGGCCAGGAUGCCAAUAUCCGAUACUUCACCUACCUGGUCAUGAACAAGGGGAAGCUGUUGAAGGUGGGACGCCAGGUGCGAGAGCCCGGCCAGGUCCUGGUGGUGCUGCCUCUGACCAUCACGACAGAGUUUAUUCCUUCCUUCCGCCUGGUGGCCUAUUACACGCUGAACAAAGGAGGCCGGAGGGAGGUGGUGGCUGAUUCCGUGUGGGUGGAUGUCAAGGAUUCGUGUGUGGGCACGCUGGUGGUGAAAAGUGCCAUGAAGGAGGAAAAGCAUCAGCAUCUACCUGGACAACAGAUAUCGCUCAAGAUUGAGGGUAACCAGGGGGCUCGAGUGGGGCUGGUGGCCGUGGACAAGGGCGUGUUUGUGCUGAAUAAGAACAGGUUGACUCAGAAAAAGAUCUGGGACACAGUGGAGAAGGCAGACAUUGGCUGCACACCGGGCAGUGGAAAGAACUAUGCAGGAGUCUUUACGGAUGCCGGGCUGGUCUUCCAGACCAGCAAAGGCCUGCAGACCGAGCAGCGGUCAGAUUUGGCAUGCCCGAAACCAGCCACCCGGCGCCGCCGCUCAGUGCAGCUCAUGGAGAAGAGGAAGGGCAAAGCGGGUGAGUACCCCAGCAAGGAGCUGCGCAAGUGCUGUGAGGACGGUAUGCGGGAGAACCCCAUGCAGUACUCGUGCCAGCGCAGGGCGCAGUUCAUCCUCCAGGACAAGGCCUGCGUGGACGCCUUCCUGGACUGCUGCAACUACAUCACCCAGCAGCGGCUGGAGCACAGCCGGGACAGCGACCUGAGCCUGGCCAGGAGUUUAGAGGAUGAGAUCAUUCCAGAAGAAGACAUCGUUUCUAGAAGCCAGUUCCCUGAGAGUUGGCUGUGGAACAUCGAGGAGUUAAAGGAUCCAGAGAAAAAUGGAGUCUCCUCCAAGACCAUAGAGGUGAUUUUAAGAGACUCCAUCACCACCUGGGAGAUUAUGGCUGUGAGCUUGUCCAACAGGAAAGGUGAGGUGGUGGCUUCGCAGGCCCCAGGGCCCCAGGCAUUUUCUGUUUCUCAUCCAUCCCAAAGCUCCUCUGCUUCUUGGUGGCUGACACUCUACCCCCUGGUUACUGGGUGUGGCAGGUGCAUCAGAGUCCAGAUUGUGGGUGCCAGUGCUUUUUAUUUUUUUAAUUGAUUUUUAUUUUUAGAG